AUGGCCGGAGAUCCUAGAGCACUGCUCCAGAAAGCCGACAAGGCGGCUUCAGGAGCGACGGGCGGCUUCAGUCUCUUUGGCGGACGGACAGAAAAAUGGGAAAACGCCGCUGACCUCUACACACAAGCCGCCAAUGCAUUCCGGGUACAAAAGCAAAACUACGAAGCAGGUCAGGCAUUUGAAAAGGCGGCGUCGAUACAACAGAGCAAACUCAACGAGCCCGACGACAUGGCCAACACGCUGACUGAGGCGUUCAAAGUGUACCGCAAGGAGUCGCCGACCGACGCAGCACGGGUGCUCCAGACGGCGAUCCAGCACUACACGACCAAGGGCAACUUCCGGCGGGCGGCGACACACCAGCAGAACCUGGCGGAGGUGUUCGAGAUGGAGAUUGGCGACCAGAAGAAGGCGCUGGAGGCCUACGACACGGCGGCGCAGUGGUACGAGAGCGACAACGCCGAGGCGCUCGCCAACAAGCUGUACCUGAAAGUCGCCGACCUGGCGGCGCUCGAGGGCGACUACGCCAACGCCAUCGCCAAGCUCGAGGCCGUGGCCCGCUCGUCACUCAACAACAACCUCAUGCGCUGGAGCGUCAAGGACUACUUCCUCAAGGCGGGCAUCUGCCACCUCGCCGCCGGCGACCUGGUCGCCACGAAGCGCGCCCUCGACCAGUAUCGCGACCUCGACAACAGCUUCGCCGCAACCCGCGAGAACAUGCUGCUCACCGACCUCGUCGCCGCCGUCGAGGAGGGCGACCAGGAAGCUUUCGCCGACAAGCUGUUCCAGUUCGACUCGCUGAGCAAACUGGACAAGUGGAAGACCACCAUCCUGCUCAGAGUCAAGAAUGCAAUUGAGAAGGAGGAAGAGGACUUUUCGUAG